AUGUCUUCUCCAAUACCUUCACUCAUGUCCCCUUCAGAAGAACCGUUGGUGAUACAAGGAAAUAUAUUUGGUAAGAAAAGCACAUUCACUGUUGGUCCAAAUGGAUUAAUUCCUGGAGAAAUGUGUAAAGAUCAUGUAAAUAUUCCCUAUGAUGAUUUAGAAAUUUGUGGAAAAUAUAUUGGGAGUGGAAGCUUUGGCCACGUUGUAGUAGCUCGACAUCGAGUUACAUCUAAAAAGUAUGCUUUGAAAAUGAUUUAUCAAGACAGUGAUCAAUUAGAAUUUUCGCAAAGAAUGGAAUGGGCAGAAUUUGCUGCAAUUUAUCUUUGUAAUCAUGAGUCUCUAAUUCGAGUGCAUGAAUGUUAUUAUCGAAAUUUGUGUUUUUACAUGUUAUUGGACUACUGUAACUGCGGAAGCUUGAGAGAUAUUUUCAAAAUUGUUCAAGCAGAACAUCUAACGGAGAGAAUUUUAUUUGUCAUUGUUGAGAAAGUAUUGAUUGGAUUAGAUUACUUACAAAAAAAGCACAUUAUCCAUCGUGACAUCAAGCCAGAAAAUAUUCUUGUUAGUUAUGACAAGGAAGAAAAAAAGGCUUCUAUCAAGAUUGGAGACUUUGGAUUAUGUGGCCACAAGAAAAUAGAAGCUGGGUCAACCUUUUUCAAAACUGUUAAUGGAACAUUUGUUUACCGCUCGCCUGAACGACUUUUGGAAAAAUCAUACAAUUACAAUUGUGACAUUUGGAGUCUGGGUGUUAUGGCUGUAGAAUUAAUAACUGGUCGCCAUCCAUUAGUUGAAACAGACAUUAGCGGCGAAAAUUUAUCCAAACUUUAUGAAAUUCCUCAAAAAAUUAUUAACGCAGCGACGUCUCACAAAUCUGGCAAGAAUAACGAAAAGGUGUUGAGCAGUGAAUUUAUUGACUUUGUAACAAGAUGUUGUGAAUACGAACAAGAAAACAGACCUUUUGCACGUGAUAUGCUGGAGCAUGCAUGGAUCAAGAAAUUUAAAGAUCGUGACAAUGAUAGAAUUUUCUCUGAAUGGUUAACGGUAUUUUUCAUUAGAAAAAAAGCAAAAGGUGAUGUUUAA